GCUGCCCCUCCAUUCACCGCCUUGCCCCCUCCACCAACUGCGAGUAUCUCGAAGCACAGAAGCUCUGCACACCGAACCUAGAUCACUUGCAUAUACAAACUCGAGAUCCACGCAGCAAAUAUCGUUAUGGCGUACAACUUCGUGCGCUCAUACAUAGACACGUUCCGGGAGCGCACCGCCGCGAUCAGCCACACCUCCACAUUCCGUGAAACUGGGCAGAUUACACCAGAGGAGUUCGUCCUUGCCGGAGAUUUUCUAGUCUUCAAGUUCCCCUCUUGGCAGUGGGCGGACGCUUCCUCGCCAGCAAAGCGCGCGCCGUAUUUGCCAGAGGGAAAGCAGUUCCUAGUUACUCGCGGCGUACCAUGCCACCGCCGUCUCGAUGACAACUUCGCCGGAGAGGCCGGGCAGGAUGAGACUAUAGUGGGCGACGGCUUCACGGCAGGCGAAGGCGGCGCGGACGACGAUGGCUGGCUGAGGACUGGUGGCAUGGCGGCAAGUCAAGAAGCCAAAGUUCGCGACGUUAGGACAGUUGAUGAAAGCGGCAAUCUCGGGGCAGCAGAGGAGGAGGAUGACAUUCCGGACAUGGAGGACGAUGAAGAUGACGAAGAGGCGAUCAUAAGAGAUCCGCAGGCUGGCUCGAACACGCAAGCUCCCCUACGAACGUACACCCUCUACAUCACAUACUCCGCACACUACCGAACGCCGCGCCUGUACCUCUCCGGAUACGGCUCGACGUCAGUACCACUCAAGCCGCAGGAAAUGAUGGAGGAUAUCGUUGGUGACUACAAGGACAAGACAGUGACCAUCGAGGAUUUCCCGUUCUUCGAGCACGCUCUCAAGACCGCUUCAGUGCACCCUUGCAAGCAUUCGUCAGUGAUGAAGGUGCUUCUCGAUCGCGCAGAUGCUGCCUUAAAGCUUCGCCUUGCGAAACUCAAGGCAGGCAAAGAAGUAAGUAAGCUCGACAGCGGCAUGGAGGCCCUCGUCGACGACACAAGACUGCUCAAGCUCACCGAGCAAGCGAAGAAUAAGGGUGGGGAGGAGGUCAAGGAUGAUUGGGAAGUACUUGAGGAGCAAGACGACGAGGUUGCGAUUCGCGUGGAUCAGUACCUCGUUGUCUUCUUGAAGUUCAUGGCCAGUGUGACUCCCGGUAUAGAGCAUGACUUCACAAUGGGAGUGUAAGGCUUAAACUCGGGAUCAAUAACGCGACACCUCGAUUUUCCUUGUUUGCGGGCGUCACUGCUUUUCCUUACAAUUCACCAGCAUGUUAGGCGCAUCUGCUUUCAGGAUGGCACACAAAUCGCUUGCCCUUGCUUUCUAAAUACCACAUCUGCUUCCUUUUAGCCACAUC